GCGUGGCACAGUGAGUCUUGGGGAACUGGGGAUGGGGACUGCCUGGGAUUCCACUAGUGGUUGCCGGUUAGUUCCCACGAUGUCUCUGCUUCUUCUGGGGGUUAUUACCCUGAUUUUUCUGCCCCAUGGGGCUUAUUGCAGCAAACCAGAGGAUAAUCUUUUGGUACUGACUGUUGCAACAGAGGAAACUGAUGGCUUAAAGCGAUUCCAGAGAUCUGCACAAUGUUUUAACUACAAAGUGAAGGUUUUGGGACUUGGAGAAAAGUGGACAGGUCCAGGGCAAAAGGUUCGUCUCUUGAAAUCAGCCUUGGAGGAGUAUGCCGAGACUGAGGAUCUGACAGUCCUUUUCACAGAUAGCUACGAUGUGAUCUUUGCAUCUGGUCCCACUGAACUACUUAAGAAAUACAAGCAGGCCAAGAGUAAAGUGGUUUUCUCAGCAGAAGCAGCAGCUUUCCCUGAUCUCCUUCUGGAAGCAAAGUAUCCCCAAGUCAGAGAUGGCAAGCGUUUCCUGGGGUCCGGAGCAAUUAUUGGCUCUGCUGCACAUUUGCACAAAAUGGUGGCUGACUGGGAUGGCGCAGAUGAAAAUAGCGACCAGUUAUUUUACACAAACAUUUUUCUAGACCCUGUGAAAAGGGAGAAGAUUAAUAUAACCUUAGAUCACAGAUGCCGAAUUUUCCAAAAUCUGCACGGAUCAGCGGGGGAUGUUGUGCUAAAAUUUGAGAAUGGACGAGUGAGAGCACGGAACCUUCAGUACGACACGUUGCCGGUCUUGCUCCUGGGAGAUGAAGAAACCAAGCUUCAGCUGAACUAUAUGGGAAACUAUGUGCCGCGUGUCUGGACCUUUGAAUCGGGCUGCAAUAUUUGUGAUGAAGGGUUGAGGAAACUCACAGGACUUGAGGAGGACUCUUUCCCUUUGGUGGUAAUAGGAGUCUUUAUUGAGCAGCCAACACCGUUUGUCUCUGAGUUCUUCAAAAGACUGAACAACAUGGAUUACCCAAAAAAACGACUUCAACUUUAUAUUGUCAACCAUGAGCCUUACCAUCAGGCACACGUGGAAAAGUUCCUGCAAGGUCAUGGCACAAAAUACAGUUCUGUGAAAGUUGUCCGACCAAAUGAAGUUUUGCACUUUGCAGAUGCUCGGAAUUCAGCAAUGGACAUGUGCCGACAGAACCCAGACUGUGAAUACUACUUUAAUAUCGAUGCCCCUGUGGUUCUGAAAAACGCCAGUAUUCUUCGCAGUCUUAUAGAGCAAAACAAGUCAAUAAUUUCUCCUCUUGUAAGUCGUCUGGAAAACCUGUUUUCAAACUUUUGGGGUGCAGUGAAUUCAGAGGGGUAUUAUGCUCGUUCCGAGGAUUAUAUAGACAUUGUCCAGAGACAGCGAAUUGGGAUUUGGAAUGUCCCGUAUAUUUCCAGCGUGUACUUGGUAAAGGGCAGCGUUUUGAGAUCUAGCCUUAAUGGUGUUGAUACCUAUCGCAGUGGGACUUUGGACCCAGACAUGUCUUUCUGCAAGAACGCUCGUGACAAGGGAGUCUUCAUGUUUGUGACAAACAGACAGGAAUUCGGUCACCUCCUCUCCUUAGAAACUUACAAAACAACUUAUCUGCACAAUGACCUGUGGCAGAUUUUCGAUAACACAGAGGACUGGAAAGAAAAAUAUAUCCACCCAAAUUACACUGCAGUUCGAAAAGGCAAAAUAAUUGAAACGCCAUGCCCAGAUGUGUACUGGUUUCCAAUUUUCACUGAGACGGCCUGUGAUGAGAUUGUAGAAGAGAUGGAACACUAUGGCCAGUGGUCAUCAGGAGAUAACUCGGAUCAACGACUUGAGGGAGGUUAUGAAAAUGUCCCGACCAUUGACAUUCAUAUGAAGCAAGUUGGCUUUGAAAAGCAUUGGCACAAGUUCCUUCUAGACUUCGUAGCACCAAUCACUGAAAAAAUGUUUCCAGGUUACUACACAAAGGCGCAGUUUGAUUUGGCUUUUAUAGUUCGGUACAGACCGGAUGAGCAGCCAUCUUUAAUGCCUCACCAUGACGCCUCAACAUUCACCAUCAACAUAGCCCUGAAUAGCGUGGGCGUAGAUUAUGAGGGAGGUGGCUGCAGAUUCCUGCGUUAUGAUUGCUCUAUUAGAGCCCCGAGGAAAGGCUGGGCUUUAAUGCACCCAGGACGGCUGACUCAUUACCAUGAGGGCCUCCCUACUACAAAAGGAACGAGAUACAUCGCAGUGUCCUUUGUGGAUCCUUAAAUGUAGCUGCCAUUUAAAGAACAGUUGAUGUUCCAUCAAUGAAUUAGUGAAACAACGAGUAGUAUUAGCAAUGACGCUGGAAAGACAUUACCUGCUUAAUUUCAUUGAUGUCUCCUCUUCAAGGAUGUGCUGGGGAAUCUGUUAGACUCAACUGAAAAUUUGUUAGUGAAGAUGCCGUUGACAAACUGAUUUACAAAAGUCUAGCUGACAGUUCUUGACUUUGCACCUGUGAAUACAAUGACAGCAUUUACUGGACAUUUUAACUGCAAACAGAGAAAAGAAAAUCUAAAAUUCUGACUUGAAUUUCAUUGCUUUGAUCAAAAAUAGUUGUGCUUUAGUAACUAAUGUUAAUCCCAUUUCAAGUGCCGGUGAUGUUAAAAAUGUAUAUAAGAGCAGGCAAGGCAAACAUCUGAUAUAAAGUGUUAUUUAUGUUGAAUGUAUUUAAAAGGAUGGUGCUGUAAUGCAUAUAAUGUUUUAUAUAUAUAUUUUGCUGUAGAGUUUCAGUACAUAGAUCCAUUUUCAUAAACAGAAGUGCUUAAAGGGACAUUGUAUUCCAAACUCUUCUACUUUGUUAGAGCAUGUAAUUUUAGCAGAUUCUGUAGUCUACAGGUUAGAUUAUCUAAAGCUCUCUGCUCUGACUAGAUUGUCUAGAAGUCUUGUCAGUACCUUUUUAAGGUUUCUCAAAUAGAUUUAUAAGGCAAAUUUUAGCUUUAGAGCUGUUUACCUUGCUAUGCAGUGUUCUGCAUGUGAAGGAGAUGCACGUACAUUGCAAUAUAAUGUUCAAAAAGUAUCUGAAGAUUUUUUCAAGAUUUCUCUCCGUGCCAGAAUGUUUUUGAUAAUCAGACCAUAUAAGUUUUACCUCCACAAAGGGGUGAAACACAUUGUUAAAGGAACGCUUGGAAGCUGCAGAGAAUUGAUGAUCCCAAGAAGACACAACCGGUGUUUGGUAGGGUCAUGAGACUGCCGCUGCUGACUCUGAUGCCGGCUCAUAGACUGUGUCUGCUUGACACCUGCAGUUCUCUGUAGCUCCUGAGUGAUACUUUAACUAUGUGUUUAAUCCAUCUGCAUAGGUUAAACACAUAGCAUUGCGGGUUCUGCAGUGCUAAAAUUACAUGCUCUAAUCACUGUUAUAGAAUGUCCCUUUAAAUAUAGAAAGUGUUUUGUUUUUUUUAAAUGUCAUUGUAGAAAUAUUAGAUUAAAGGGACACUGAACCCAAUUUUUUUUCUCUCAUGAUUCAGAUAGAGCAUGAAAUUUUAAGCAACUUUCUAAU